AGACCAAAACUAACCACAACUAUAUGGGAAGAUGAACAAACAUUAUGUUACCAAGUUGAUGCUCGAGGAAUUUGUGUAGCUAGACGACAAGAUAACGAUAUGAUUAAUGGUACAAAACUUUUGAACGUUGUUGGUAUGUCACGUGGUAAAAGAGAUGGUAUUUUAAAGAAUGAAAAAGGAAGAGUGGUUGUUAAAGUUGGAGCUAUGCAUCUUAAAGGUGUUUGGAUUACUUUUCAACGUGCAAAAACACUUGCAGCUCAAUUCAAAAUUAGUGAAUUACUUUAUCCUUUAUUCGUGGAUGAUCCAAGUAUCUUCUUA